CCAAAUGUAGCAGGUUUCUGCUGUAUCACCCAGAAUUUGGAAUUUGUGGACACUCCGCACAAUUUUACAAACCAUUUUCCUGGCAUCACCCUUGUCUUUGCAAUGGCCUUCUCCUCAUCAUUAGGGGAUAAGCAGUUGCAGAGGAUAAUCAGAGAUCUGCAUGAUGCUGUUGUUGAACUGAGCAAAGAACACAAGGAUUGCGGUGAACCCAUAACAGAUGACAGCGCCAGCCUGCACAAGUUCUUCUAUAAACUGGAAUACCUUCUUCAGUUUGACCAGAAAGAGAAGACAACCUUUCUUGGCCAGAGAAAAGACUACUGGGAUUACUUUUGCGACUGCCUGAUUAAGAUCAAGGGAGCUAACGAUGGCAUCCGUUUUGUGAAGUCCAUCCCCGAGCUGAAGACAUCACUGGGGAAAGGACGGGCCUUCAUUCGCUAUUCUCUUGUGCACCAGCGUCUGGCUGACACUCUCCAGCAGUGUCUCAUAAAUCAGAAGGUCACAAGCGACUGGUAUUAUGCUCGGAGUCCUUUUCUCAAGUGUCACCUCACUUCCGACAUAAUCAACCAUCUUUAUGAGCUCAACCAGAUCCAGUUUGACGUGGCUGCCAGGGGCUACGACCUUGAUGCAGAUUGGCCAACAUUCGCAAGGCGAACACUAGGAACCUGCUCGCCAGCUUUUUCUUGGAAGCCUCCGAGUCGUUGCUCCAGCAUCAACAGCCUAGUUAGCAGCUAUCCACAUUCACAGGCGCAGGAGUUUCUCCCAGUCCCAGAGCCGAGUCACAGCCUGCUUGGUGAACUGGGAGAACCUUCUCCUUGCAGUGUUGCUGAGAACCUCCGCAUCGAGCUUGACCAGUCCGAGCUCAGACAGCAGGAGCUACUGGCACAGAUUCAGCAGCUGGGAAAAGAGGGUGCUGAGCUAAAAGAGGUUAUCAAAGACCUUCAACACCAGUUAUCAGCUCAGAAGUCUGACAUUUCAGCAGCUGCCCAAGGCGGCCAAGAAACGGGUAAUGAGGACAGAGUAAAUCACCAUCAAAGCUUCAGGGAACCGGCUGUUUCUGAUUCACAAGACAGACUCACGGCUGCUGACAGCAGAAGUAUGGAGCUUCUCUCAAAAUUAGAUGAGGCUCUCAAAGAAAAGGGACAACAAACAGCAGGUUACUGUGACUCAGCCUGGAAAAUUCACGAGCUCCUGGAAAAUCUUAAGACUGCUGAAGAGGAGAAGUUGGAGGCAAAGAGAGAAUCCGAGGACAGGGCCAGGCACUUUGAGCGCCUUUCAAGAGAAUUAAAACUCAGGGAGGAGGAGUUGAGGAACAGUGAGGAGAAGCUAGCUGAAUUUAAAGCUGGAGCCCAUGAGGAACGGGAGGAGGCGCUUGAACGGCUGGAGGAGCUCCAAAGUGUGGUCAGUCGAAUUCAAGGAGCACUCACUUUAAAAGAGAAGGAGACGGGAAAUUUGAGAGCUCAGCUUCAGGAUCUGCAAGCCUCUCUGGAGUGCAGGGAACGACAAGCAGAGGAGCUGAGGAAACGCCUGCAGGAGGAGAGAAAGGCGGAAGAACAGAGAUGUGGUAUGACAAGUAGCCCGAGUGAAGAGUUUGAGGACCAGGUGUUUGAUUUGAGAAAUACUCUUAAAAACAGAGAUAAAGAGCUAGCUGCUAGUUCAGAAAGAAUUAAGCAUUUUGAGGAGCAGCUGGAGAAGCUCAGUGUCGAGCAAGGAACUCUAUGCUGUCGACUUGAUGGCAACGAUGUAACCAACAGCGAGGAAACUGCAAAUAUUGAAGGUUACAAAACCCAAUGCUGGAGUCUCAUGGAAAUGAACACAAAGCUUCUCCAAACACUUAAAAAAAGUGAGGCAAGCGUCUCAGAGUUGUCUGAAAGCAGGACUGCCCUGUUGGACCAGCUGGCUGCUUUUAAGGCCUCUGAGAAGCAUCUAAAGGCUAGAGUAGAAGCUGCACGGAUGAGUGUGGAAGACAGAGAGAAGAAGCUUUUGGAUGAAAACCUGCACCUUGAAGAGAGUUUCCAAAGGGUGAUUGUCCAGAAGGAGGAAACAGAUGCUCAGAUCAAGAAGCUGGAGCAUGAGAACAAGGAACUUCUAGAUACUCAAUCCUCACUAAAAAAUCAAUUAGCCACAAGUGAACGGACUAUAGAUUCACUGUCUGCCAAAGCUGAAAAGCUUGAGAAGAACCUCACUGCAUCACAAAGAGGCCAAGCAGAGGUACUUGACAAACUGCAGGAGAGUGAAUCUAAGUUGAGAGAGCAGACUGUGAAAGGUGACCUCCUGCAGGCCCGAGUGGACGAGCUGGAACGCCGGACUGGCGAGCUUCACUAUGAAAAAGGAGCCGCAGAGAGCAAUGAAAAAAUGCAGAAGCUUCAUGACGAGCAUCAAACCUCCUCAAUGGAGACCAAAGAGACCCCGUUCAGGCUGGUUCUAGCUGAGGCUCAGCUGGAACUCAACCUGAGGGAGGUAAGCAGGCUCCGAGAAGAGCUGGUGGAGCUCCGCGCUGAGCUCUUAACAGGAACCGAGGAGAGACUGAAAAUUCAAGCUCUUCACGAGGUGACGGACGCCUCCAGAGAAGACCUCCGUGUACUAGCGGAUCAGCUGAAGGUUCAGGUGGAGGAGCUAAACCGCCGGCACGUGGAAGAGAUUCUUAGGUCUCGGGAGCGCGAGGAGUCUCUCAUCAGGGAGCGCGAUGGCGAGGCGCUGGCUCGUGUAAGCCUGGCUGCGGAGGUGACAACCACAAGAGAGGAGCUCGAUAAGCUGAAGCUGCACUAUGAAGCCGUGCGUCUGGAAAACAGCGAAUCGCGAGAAGCCCUUCACCGAGCCAACACGGAGACUGCAGAGCUGGGCGUGCACGUUUGCAUGCUGACUGCUGAGAACGAGGAGGCUCGUCUGCGCUGGGAGGCUCAGUCCAAAAGACUGCAGGAGCUGGAGGAGGAGGCCAGUCAGGAGGCAGAGAGGCUGAACUCCUGCAUAGAGCAGCUGUGUCAGGAGAACCAGGAGCUGCUCAGGCAGCUUCAUAACGAUGAAGACCUGAUGAAGUCCAAGCAGGUACUUCAGGCAGAGCUGAGCAAGGCCCAACAUGAAGCCGAGGCUGUGCAGCAAACGAGCCGGGAGGAGAUCCAGGCUCUCCAAUGUCAGCUCAGCAGCCAUGCCACGAGCCACGGAGACCAGCUCCAGAAUGUGAAUCAGGAGCUACAGGAUAUGAAGACACAGCUGGUGACUGAGCAGGAGAAAGUGAUCAGCCUUGAGAGCAAAGUCGAGCAUCUAGAGGCUACGAUUCGGAGAUAUUGCCAACAGAUUGAGGAGAAAAACAUCCAGAUGGCCGAAUCAGCAAAUCUCAUCCUGCAGAAAGAAGAUGAGAUAAUCCAUCUGAAACAGAAUUUAUCAAGCUGCGAGGACGGUUUAGCAGCAGCACAGCGGGCCUGUCAGGAGAUGGCAGAAAAUCUUCGGAGGGUCACACAGGACAAGCAGAGCGUUGAUCUCCGGACUGCUGCUGAACUCGAUGAUCUGUACCGAACCAAAAUCAAUUUGGAGGAAAGGCUUGUCGAGCUCAUCAGGGAGAAAGAUGCACUUUGGCAGAAAUCCGAUGCCCUGGAGUUUGAGCAAAAACUGCGUGAUGAGGAGACAGAGAGGGACGUGAACUACUGCCUGGGCUGUCACACUCAGUUCAGCUGGUGGCUGCGCAAAUACAACUGCAGACUCUGUGGGCGUCCCUUCUGCUACUACUGCUGCAGUAACACAGUGAGCACCCUGCAAGGCAGCAACAGAGAGCGCUGCUGUGCGAACUGUUACGACCAGCACAGCGCAGUAACUGAGCGCCACCCGCAGGACGAAGUGACUCACAGCACGCCGGGGACGCCGUUCAGCCGCCUGCUGCAGGCCGGCCGCGCCGUGGCAGGAUACGAUGGUGAAAAGCUGGACGAUGGCGUUUUCGACAUCAUCACAGAAGAGGAAGUGAGCGGGGUGAAUGACAGCGACUCCCAUUCGUUUGCCACCGCCUGCUCUCCUGGGCACGGACAGCAGGGGGCAGCACGGCUCAACAACAGUGCCCGAGAGAUCGCGUCAGAGGAUGCUGAUAACCUCAGCGCAGCCGUGCAGGAUGCAGAGAUCUGCCUGCUGAAGUCCGGUGAAGUCACGCUCUCUGUUGGCUUCACAGUGGAUGAUAUCACAGGGUUUGGGGACAGCUCUCGAGAACUUUUCAUCAAAUCCAGCUGUUACAGCGUCAUCCCCAUCACCAUGAGCGCCCCUGGUCCUACUGUCUUCUGGACCUUUACCUCCGAACCAAAGAGCAUCGCCUUCAGCGUAGUCUACCGGGAGAGUGCAGAAACUCCACUGGAGCAGGCCAAGGUUUUGAUCCCUCUGACUCGCUGUAACUCCCAUAAGGAGACAAUUCAGGGGGAACUGAAAGUCAGACAUGUCGGAGAAUACACUCUCAUCUUUGACAACUCUUUCUCCAGGUUCAUUUCAAAGAAAGUGCUGUAUCAUCUGAGUCUAGACAAGCCUGUGGCCUAUGAUGGAACUGACCUUCAGUAAAUGGAGGAAAAGGAGCGCCGACUUCUGUGUCAAGAUGUUUACGUUUAUGUGCAUCAUUUUGAGUCAAAAAGGUCUGGUUGUUCUGCACAGCAGCCUCAGUCAAAGGUUGUGGCAUUUUAUAAAUGUCUCCCUCAGCUUUCCUGGUGAGGUACUAAACCAUGGACGAAUGCUGAUCAAAGCAGAACAGGUUGAAAACAACAGUAACAGUGAGUAGCGUUACUCUGCUGAAUGUUAGCAUGCACUGCUUUUUGGAAAAGCUACUUUUAAAUGUAGGAUUUACGGAUUUCAGACAUCUCACUCCUCAAUCAAAAACCCAGUUAAACUUAUUUGAAAAAGAACUUGAUAAACUCAGAAUCAUAGGUACCAGACUUAAAUUUGGGAAUGGAGAUUAAAUCUUAACCAUAUAUUUUCUCAGUAAUAAUGUUUGAUGCUUGAAACUGACAAAUAGAAGGAUUUAACAAAAUCGUUAGAUUUUUUAAUGAUUAUUUUUUUUGUAGCUUAAAGCCACUAUGAAAAAAGAUUUAGUGAGUUGUGUAUUAAUAUGCAUUUAAGUUGUGCUUAGAUUGUUUAUUAAUGUCCAAAACCUCUAAUCUGCUGAAAUUCCUGCUCAUUUGACAUAUCUUAGUAAGUGUUGCCUUUGAGCGGUCAGUAAUUACAAGAGAUGGAUUUGCUGCAUUGCAGUCAUGAUGAAACAUAAGUGGAAAAUCAAAAGUUUUAAUUCCAGGAUUUACUUAAACAUACUCUAUUUGACUGUUACAUUUUGAGGAUAAAAGGGGUCUCUUUCUAACUGUUUUCUGUGACUGCAGAUACAGGAAAAUUCACAUGAAUCAACAAGUUUCAAGGCUUUACUCUUUUUUUAAUGGAGCUGAGCUCGAACCACCCCACAUGAAAGGUUUGCCAUAAAUACAGGAAAGAUCCUAAUGUUUCUUAGGCAAUGUUUGCAGCUGUAAAAUGGAUAAAUCUGCUGUUGCUUAUUAUAGUUCUGAGGUGUGGACAUCUAUUCUAAAAUGUAAGGCGUGAAAUGUGAAAAUAUCAGCUUUCAAAUAAUGUAAGUUACAAAUUUAGAGUGUUUUGUAUCUGAAGUUUCUCUGUAGCCCUCAUAUUCAAGUGAUGACUGUUAAAAAACAGUUGUAAUGCUGACUUGAAAAGAUGCUGCUUUUGAAUAGAACAUUUGCGUUUCUUCUAUAAUUUGAAAUCCAUUUUAUAUUGUGACUUAAACUGACAAGAAAAACAUUUAAAAAUAUUGGAUAUCGGUUUUAUGCAAAUCUAAAAACCAUUAUAUUUUGCCAAAUACCCUGGUAUAUUUAUCCAUCUUACUAUUGUUCAGUGGGAUUUUUUAUUUGAACACACUGCAAAAUGACUGUAAAAUGCACUUUUAAAGGGAUUUUGUUGGUCUCUUCUUCCAUGAGCCUUGAUGCCAGUUGAUGAAUAGUUUCUUUUCCUUCUGUUGUGUGAUUUUAGAGAUGUAUUGCUGGGGUUGCCAGAGGCAAGCUUGAACUCUGACUUUACUUGUGAAUGACUGUUCAAAAUGUUUUUAUGAAAGUAUCAUUUACAAACUAAAUAUUUAUUACAGCAAGGAUUGGUUAUCAUUAUUUAAGAAAUAGCAAUUGUGUGAUAAAUCAGUUUCUAUCAGCCGUGGGAAUUUGAAAUAAAUUGUUUGU